AUGCUUAAAACCUUCAUGACAAUUUACUUUCUACAUGAAUUGUUCAGAAUCGCUGUAUAUAAUCUUCCUUUCUGUGGUCCCAAUAUCAUUGACCACUUUGCCUGUGACAUAUACCCACUGUUACUUCUUGCAUGUACUGACACCUACUUUCUUGGCCUUUCUGUCAUUGGCAAUAAUGGGGCAAUGUGUAUAGUUAUCUUCAUUCUCCUCCUACUCUCCUACGGAAUCAUCCUUAGAUCUCUCAAGAAUCACAGUCAGGAAGGGAGGCGCAAAGCUCUGUCCACCUGUGGUUCCCAUAUCACUGUGAUUUUUCUCUUUUUUGUCCCCAGUAUUUUCAUGUAUGUUAGACCUGUUUCUAGUUUUCCUAUUGAUAAAUCCAUCACUGUAAUUUAUACUGUUGUCACUCCCAUGUUGAAUCCUUUAAUAUAUACUUUGAGAAAUUCAGAGAUGAAAAAUUCUAUGGAAAAGCUCCUGCAGAAAAUAUUAAGUUCAAAUAGAACUCGGCUUUCUUCUUGCUGCUUGUAUUAA